CUCCUCCUCUCCUCCCUGCAGUGUUUCACCCGGUCGAGUGCUCCUACUGCCAUACUGAGAGUAUGAUGGGCUUCCGCUACCGCUGCCAGCAAUGUCAUAAUUACCAGCUCUGUCAGGACUGCUUCUGGAGGGGGCAUGCCAGCGGUUCCCAUAGCAACCAGCACCAAAUGAAGGAGUAUACGUCAUGGAAAUCCCCCGCUAAGAAGUUAUCCCACGCCCUCAGUAAGUCAUUGAGCUGUGCAUCCAGCAGAGAGCCUCUUCACCCCUUGUUUCCUGAAAUGCCAGAUAAACCUCUCAACCUAGCUCAUAUUGUAGAUACGUGGCCACCAAGACCGGUGAACAUCACCAAUGACUACUCAUUCUCCCACUCCAUGCCUACAUCAGGGAACCCUUACUCCACCAAAAACAAGAAUAAUGUUGUUGGGCAGAGAAAGCCCCUGACUGGGGCUGCUCCACAUCUGCUGAAAGGGAGAGGGUUGAACUACAACCUCGAUGUUGCCGAUAGACUUGCUGACGAACAUGUACUCAUUGGCCUCUAUGUGAACCUACUCCAAAACAACCCCAAAACAUGUUUGCUGGAGAGCAGUAACCAUCAAGAUGACGAGCACAGUCUCAUUGCUCGCUAUGCUGCUAGACUGGCUGCUGAUGCUGCGGCUCAACAGCAGAGGGUCCCCACAGACCUCCCCUGCUCUCUGGAUGCCAACAAACAGCAGAGACAGCUCAUUGCCGAGCUCGAGAGCAAAAACAGAGAAAUCCUCCAGGAAAUCCAGCGACUGCGCCUUCAGCAUGAGGAAGCUUCCCAGCCGCCACCAGACAGGGGCCAGCAAAACCCCACCCUGCUCGCUGAGCUACGACUCCUCAGGCAACGCAAAGAUGAGCUUGAACAAAGAAUGUCUACUCUGCAGGAGAGUCGCAGGGAACUCAUGGUGCAGCUGGAGCAACUAAUGAUGCUUCUCAAGCAGGAAGAGGAGCGGAAUCAAGCUACUCAGGGUCCCGGCUCGCCGCGCUCUUCACCCAGCCACACCAUCAACCGGCCAAUUCCCACACCAAUCCACUCGGAUUCUGCCGGCACGACCCCGACUCACACACCUCAGGACUCACUCAUGGGCGUGGGCGGGGACAUUCAGGAGGCCUUCGCUCAAGGUCCAAGGAGAAAUCUGAGAAAUGACCUGCUCAUUGCUGCUGACUCAAUCACUAAUACAAUGUCAUCACUGGUUAAGGAGCUCAAUUCAGAGGGUGGAAGUGAAACGGAGAGCACUGUGGAUUCAGAUUUUGGACGUGAACUACUGGCCACAAACUCCUCAGAUCCUUUCUACGCUUACAAACCAAGGCCUGCAAGCGCUGCCGAUGAGGAGUGCUUUGAGAAGGAUCUGGAGCGGCAGCUGGAGGAUGAGCUCCAGUUGGAUGAACUGAAAAAGCACAGGCAGGAAACGGACAAAACGUGCAUGGUGACUCUGCAGCAGUGACCACGUAGGUCCGGGUGACUGGCGAGCAAUAUGAAAAGCAAAAACAGCUGAAGACACUGGACGAGACGACGUUUGGCCGACAGUAUAGAGCACUGCGGACAUGAAGAAUUUAAGUUAUGCUAAAUCCAACCAUAAAAUACAUUUAUGUAAAGAUAUAUAUUUUUAACCAAGCACAUAUUUAAGGUAAUUCUGUGAGCUUAUGUAAAGAGAUUAAUUCCUGAGCUGUCUCUUAUACCACAGGUGCCAUAAGGAAGAAAACAGAAAAAGGAAAGAACACAAUUUUGGGAAAUUAUUUCUUAA